CGAGUUGAAGAUACCCGUUUGGCCACUUCCUUCUCUUCUCCAAUACCCGGCGCAAUAAACGGGUUUCUUCAUGUGCUUCCUCUCUAUAUUUAUACCCACCUUUCCCAUUCUCCCACAUUCCCUUCGUUUUCCCUUCCACCAAGUUUGCAACAAAAACACCAAAGAUUAUUAUUAGUCACCAAAUCUCAAACCAUGGGAAAUUGCAUCACGGUUCACCACAACAGCAACAAAAUCGCCUCCCUCUCGCCACAAGACGACGACAAUUCGGAGCAGUUGGAGCUGGCACAGAAGCUGAUGAAGAUCAAGAGGAGGAAGACCACUAGUGCUGCUCCUACUAGGUUCUCGGCCGUAGCCACGGAGAAGAAGCAGAAGCAGAAGAAGAGUGUGAGGUUCGUCAAAAGAGGUGACGACGACGAGGAGGAGCGUGGUGAAGAUGGAAGGAAGAGGUCACCGACGACGGCGGCAGUGAGGAUUCGAGUUCUGGUGACAAAAAAUGAGUUGAGGGAGAUCCUGAAGCAGCACAGGGAGGAGCUGAGGUCGUCUUCCUUGGAGGAGCUGGUGAGGGCGGUGAAGCUGAGAGAGUAUCGCGGGAGGUUUGGUUCGAAAGGGAGGAGAAUGGAAGAUGGUGGUGGUAAUUGUGAAGAUGGUGUGUGGAGGCCGGCUUUAGAGACGAUUCCGGAGGAUCAUUAGCCACCAGAGUUUGAAGGGUGGCUAAAGAAGAGAAAAUAUUAUUACGCUAAUUAGUAACUAAUUAUAUUAUGGUACAUCUGGCUCUCCCUUUGAUGUUUUUAUUAGUCGGGUUGCGAGAGAUGCCUAGCUAGUUUUAUCGUAUUUAUGUUGGGGGGAUGUUAACUUAAUUACGGUAUCAUGUUUAUUAAUGAGCUUGUGUUUUUUUAGUAUGGUGGUUAAUUAGCGACUACUUUGUUUAGAAUUCUAACGAUGGAUUGUUGAUGUUAUUAUGUUUUCAUGAAUUUGGUUCUAAUUUGAUAUUUGACUGGGUUAUGUUAAUAAGAUGUGCAGUUGUGC